AUGGACGGUACGAUGGCCACGGACGAGACGCGCGCAUGGCGGCGCCGGCCCCGCCCUGCCCAGGCGAGCGCGAUCCAUGCCCAGUACAGUGCGUACCGCAUUGGCAUGCGCGAGGCGCGAGGAAGUGUGUUGCGCUACCUCCACGAGACCGCGCCCGACGGACGCACGUUUGAAGGCGCGCUGUCGCCGGCCGGUCGCUGCGGCGUCGUCGCGUCCUCGGACGGGCGGUCCACGAUCGCGCUGGAUUGCGAUGGCCGUUGCAGUCUUGGCGUCGUGACGUGCGCGGACGUCGUGUACGAAGGCGAGGUCGAUGGCGACGGCACGCCGAUGGGGUACGGCGUCGGGUCGUUUGCCAAUGGCCAUCUCUUUGCGGGGCACUGGGUGACGGGGCGUCCGGAAGGCCUCGGCCAACUCACGACGGCGCUCGACCCGGACGCGAGUAGCACGGCGGGCUACGGCUGGUAUCUCGAGCAGCGCGCGAUGCAGUUGGUGCGGGCGCCAGACGCCCCGACGCCGCCGCCGGACCUUGGCGUGCGCCGCCCCGUCGAGCAGCCAUUGCUUGGGCUCUACAUCGUCGGGCGCGUCCUCGAGACGAACCGGUUGCGUCGAUGCCAGCACGCGCUCGGCCUUUGGGCGACGCGCCUGGCGACAAGCGCACGCUGCCAAGGAGGCAAGCGCAAGGACUGUGUGCACGGCCUCCGCGCCAAAGGCCCCGCCGACCCGGCUCUGCAUGCGCGGCUGGACGCCGUCCUUGGCCGCCAGCGCCUCGCGCGCGACCGUGAUGCGAUCCGGCACAAACGAACGGCCAAGGCGCGCCAGGUCCAGACGACGACGACGACGUGCCUCGGCAUUGAGCGGAAUGCAACCGCGCUCAUGCAAGUCGAGCUCGACGACCUCGAGGCCGAGCUCCGCGACGCGCGCGCUGCACAAGCCCGCUGCACUCUCAUCCAGAAUGAGAUGAUGAAGCUGCGCCACACAAUCGAAGAUCGCAAGGUGACGCUGCAUGCGCUGCGUCGCCACCAUCGUAUCCAGCCGCCACCGCCGCGACGUCCAUCCAGCACGACAACGCUGCCGGACGAGCCUCCGCUUCCGUUGGACGAGAUCGCGUUUCUGUGUGGAGUGCCCGGCUGCGCCUGCGGUGUGCCCAAAGACGUGUUUCGGCGCGUCGGCGCAGCGCUCUCGGGGCGAGACUGCUAA